GCUCAGUCACAUGACCCAGCCUUCCGCUCUCGUCUGUGUUGUGCAGCGCCAGUUAGCAAAGCUCACCGGACAAGACCGCCGAUACCUUUCGCUCCAGCAAUGGCAACAUUAGUAGCAAACAGGGCGAUGGACAACGGCUUGGCGGCGAGGACGCACACUCAGGCUGCGACCAGAAACUACAUCUCUCAACCGAGGCUGACUUAUUCGACAGUGUCAGGAGUAAAUGGGCCCCUGGUUAUUCUGGAUAAUGUCAAGUUCCCCAGAUAUGCUGAAAUUGUUCAUCUGACCUUGCCCGACGGCACCAAGAGGAGUGGGCAAGUCCUGGAGGUGAUUGGUAGCAAGGCAGUUGUUCAGGUGUUUGAAGGGACAUCAGGCAUUGAUGCCAAGAAGACAGCCUGCGAAUUUACUGGCGAUAUCCUUCGUACACCAGUUUCAGAGGAUAUGCUUGGGCGAGUGUUCAAUGGCUCGGGCAAACCUAUCGACCGUGGACCCAGUGUUCUGGCUGAGGACUAUUUGGACAUUAUGGGUCAGCCAAUCAAUCCCCAGUGCCGCAUCUACCCAGAGGAAAUGAUCCAGACUGGCAUCUCUGCUAUUGAUGGCAUGAAUAGUAUUGCCAGAGGACAGAAGAUCCCCAUUUUCUCCGCUGCUGGGUUGCCCCACAAUGAAAUUGCAGCCCAGAUCUGUCGACAAGCCGGUUUGGUGCAGAAGUCCAAGGAUGUAAUGGACUACAGCUCGGAAAACUUUGCCAUUGUGUUUGCUGCCAUGGGGGUCAACAUGGAAACUGCUCGUUUCUUCAAGUCUGAUUUUGAAGAAAAUGGUUCGAUGGAUAACGUUUGCCUUUUCUUGAACCUCGCCAAUGAUCCCACGAUUGAACGUAUCAUUACCCCUCGCCUGGCUUUGACUACAGCAGAAUAUCUGGCUUACCAGUGCGAGAAGCACGUCCUGGUCAUUCUCACCGAUAUGAGCUCCUACGCUGAGGCUCUGAGAGAGGUGUCUGCUGCCAGAGAAGAGGUGCCUGGACGUCGAGGCUUCCCUGGUUACAUGUACACCGACUUGGCCACCAUCUAUGAACGUGCUGGCCGAAUAGAGGGCAGGAAUGGCUCCAUCACCCAGAUCCCCAUUCUCACAAUGCCCAAUGACGACAUCACCCAUCCGAUUCCUGAUCUGACGGGAUACAUUACUGAGGGUCAGGUGUACGUGGACAGGCAGCUGCACAACCGUCAGAUUUACCCACCCAUCAAUGUUUUGCCCUCUCUAUCCCGUCUGAUGAAGUCUGCCAUCGGGGAGGGUAUGACCCGGAAGGACCACGCUGAUGUCUCGAACCAGCUGUAUGCCUGCUAUGCUAUUGGCAAGGAUGUUCAGGCCAUGAAGGCUGUUGUGGGAGAAGAAGCCCUCACUUCUGAUGAUCUUCUGUACCUUGAGUUCCUACAUAAAUUUGAAAAGAACUUUAUUGCCCAGGGCCCAUACGACAAUAGGACGGUGUACGAAACCUUGGACAUCGGCUGGCAGCUGCUCCGAAUCUUCCCCAAGGAGAUGCUCAAGAGGAUUCCUCAGAGCACAUUGGCCGAGUUUUAUCCCAGGGAGUCCGCCGCUCGCCACUGAGGCACCAAUAGGAAUUUGGUGGUUCUUUGUCAUCUCAUUUUAAAACCAUCCUCCUCCCUGUAUCAUGCCAGCAGUCUCAGUGCUCUAUCUUGUGGCAUGGAGAUGAAUGUUGUUGAGCGUCCCUGAUCCCAAAGCUUACUUCCUUUCCCCAAGGUCACCUCCCAUGAUGUCCAUGUACCUAAAAUACUCUUCUGUUGCACCAUGAGAUCGCAGUUGGAAUUUGAUAUCGGUGUACUGUAGUGUAGCGCUGUCCAAAGUAUGUGUUGUGUGUGUACAAAGUAUCUGUGGUUAUAUUGCGCCGUAUUGCAAAGAAAUCUGAUCAUAUCUGUAAACUUUGAAGUCAGGCCCUUAUUACAUGUUACUGCUGGAUCCCCCUCCAUAAUUAUUAUUAUUAUUAUUUUUAAAUAUAAAAACUUCUGUGUUGUAGCCAACAUCACAACAAAACCAUUUCUUAAGUGAAGAAAGUUCCAUACGUGAUAUAAGCUGAAAUGGUAUCCUUGCGUUCAGCACUCGAACGAACACUCAGAGCCCUCAGUCUGAAUCAUGUUCACGUAAGGCGGGUGGUAGUCUUGCUGUACUUAACAUUUUUGGUCCCACAUACGAACUAUAUCGUGGAGGUUUACAUGAUUUGUGCUUUGUUGUUUGCCUUGUGUUACAAGUAUGAGUAUAUUGAACAUUCCCGUUUCGUCAGCUUGCGGUUCAAUCAUAGUUUCUUGAGUUUGUGAACAGAAAUAAAAAAAAAAAAAGAAGAU